UCCUCACAUAUAAAUAAUUUAUGUUUAAGCCUCCAUAAUACUUGGCAAAUGUAUGUUUUUUGUUUUAUUGCUUUGUUUUGUUUUACAAACGCAUGAAGAACAACCCGACGCUCCAGAACUUAUGCUCAACGAUCUGAAAGCUGGUGAAGAAAGCAAAAUAAACUGUACUUCAAGCAAUGGAUACCCAUCACCUGUCAUCUAUUGGUAUAUGGAAUCAAGAAACCUCACGAUGAACUCAUCUUUUCAGACGGAAAGGAGUGAGAAUGGACGAUGGAAGGCGACCAGUACUCUUACUUUUACACCAUUAAGACAUGAUCACGGAAAAGGUCUUAUCUGCCAGGUAGUCCAACCGACAGCGCCUCUUAUGUCUUCGCAGAACGAGACCGUGGUCCUCAACAUUCUCUACCCACCCAUCAUUUCUCUUCGACUUCUUGAUAACGUAGAGGCGGUUUCCAGCAUGACCAGUGUCGAAUUCGAAUGUACAGCAGAUGCAAACCCCAAAGUCCUUAACUUUGCUUGGUACCUCAAUCGGUUGACCUUAAACAACAGCACAAGACAUCGUAUUAUCCUUGACAGGCUUCACAGUAAAACCGUUUCAACUAGUCGCCUUAUCAUCAAUGAUGUUCUACGGAUGCAUUCUGGGAAAUAUGAAUGUCACGUGAUUACCGUUCUUGGUAAUGCCUCUGCGACUCUGAACUUUUCUUAUAUCUCAGAUCGACUUCCCCUGCUCUUCAUCGACCAAAACCAGACUACAUCUUCAACUCUAUUCGUUGCCUGGCAAUCAGGGUUCGAUGGCGGGUUUCAACAGACAUUCAAUCUGGAAUACUGUCCAAACAAUACACUAGAAAAGAAUGGAGAAUGUGGUGUUACCAACUUUACAGGGACAUCCUCUGAACUAGACAAAAAAGGUCCAUGA